GUCAGGAGUCAAAAACUUAAAACUGUUAUGUCCUAUUAAACUUAAUUAGAAGCAAAACAAAACACCAUGCACGAAUUACUACUAGAGAUCUGGGAUUCUUAUGCACAUUUAGUCAGACGAAAAACUGACAAGUAUUCAAAGCGUUAUGCUGUUUUGGACAAAUUCCUGAAACUGUAUCUCAUGUUGGCUGAUGGGUCUGAUGGUGCUCCAAAUUUAGGCAAUAUGAAGAAUGUGUGCAGUCAGCUAUGCCAGGAACUGAUGAAUGACAUCCUGUUCAUUUCUAACAACACUCGUGAUAAAAGUGAUGCAUCUGGUUUGGAGGAGUAUCUACUUCAAGGUCGUGGAUGGAUGCUGCUCAAGGUCAUUCACCAUGUUGGCAUGAAGAGUUUAUCCAAUUGUCGAGACCUUUGCAAUCUGCUGUUAUCGUUGUUGCCAUGGUGUGAAACAUUCCAAUCUGUAGAAGCUGACAAAAUGUCUAUCUACAACAGUUCAUCGAGGGAACCUGUAGCCAGCUGUUUCAAGACCGUCCAGAAGUUAUCCAAACUGAAAACGUUUAGCAGCAAUGAUGAACAACAACAGAGACAUUAUGGCUUCCACGAAGAACACAUAGCACACAGAAAGAAAGUGCUAAAGAAAGUUUCUGGUUACAAUGCCCAGCAGUCUGAUUCAGACGACAGUGCUGGCAACACGAAACCGAGACAUCGCCACCUGAGACUGAAACGUGGUCCGCGAAUUAAUGUGUACAAAUUGUCUGUUCGACUGGAUGAUAAGGAAUCUGACUCUGAUACAGACUUAGUGGACACAUUUCCCAACAUGGAUGAAUUUAAGGGUAGUAUUAGUUCCGCUGAUCUUUGUCAUGUGAUAUUGCUUCUACUCCAAGAUCUCUGUGUUCUUGAUCUAGAUAAUGCGGCUCCUGGAAAACUUAUGUCGUCUGUGAUAUUACCUCAUCUACUUCAUCUGCUGUCGACCAUUUCCAGCAGUAACGUAGGUCCUGAGAAGUUUGUCUGGUCCAGGGAGACCGUGAUGAUUGUACAGAAACAGCUUGUUUAUUUGUUGUUCACGGUCGGUUCUAUUAUUGCCACACAGCAGAACGGGGUGAAGAUUUUGCUGGCACACAACAUUGUUGCGGCACUGUUAAAAUCUGUUUCUCAUCAUGUGAAACCGCAGCCAGUUGAAGAAGGUGCUGAGAAAGGAGAUGGAGACUCUGAGAAACUCACCGAUGUUGAAAGACAGUUUGUCCUGGAUACCCUUUGUGGCAUUACACUUUUACUAGAAGUGAUAUUUCAGCAGCUGCCAUUCAUGAACCCUUCGUUCAUUAACAAUGCUCUGUGCAUACUGGAGGAGUUCAAGGAAAAUGGCGGGUUUGAUUUUGUGAAAGUGUUACUCACUGAAAUGGAGUCUAUCAAUUCUAAAGCAGGUCAGUCAGGAGUGGCGACGAAUGGAGAACUUCUGAAACACAUCAGCUCUUUCAUUCUCACUCUCAAACUGGUCAAAGUCAACUACAUCCAUUUCAUGAAGUGCUUGAAGAGACGACACAGAAACUGUGACUACGGGCCAUACCUGCAUCACCAUCAUGACAUCCUGGGCCUGUCCUGGUCUUCAAACAUCCAGCAAGGGUUGGGGAGGAUGGAAGGACGCACCACCUCUUACACGCAGUCCAGAUGCCUGGUGGCCAGGUGGGUGACGUUUGUGCUGGAUCUGCUUGGCAGUGUCAAGUGCAAGAAGCUGCAGGUCCAGCUCCUGUCCAUGCUUCACUCUCCUGGCAUCUGCUGCUGCAUGCAGCCGAAGAUGUUGAUUGAAUCCCUGAUGCCCCUGGUUCCCACCUUCUCUGUGUCCAUCAGAGACUUUUGUCUGGAGAUACUUAGUGAUGUCCUCUUGGAGCAGUUUCUCGGCAAAGAAGAGUUGUUUGAAAGUGAGACAUCAGAAACAACAAGUAAUAUGGAAUCGGCUGCAAAUGCAUGUCAGCAGUGUUUGCUGGAGGGUGAAUUGUCAUCAUUUUCCAAAAUGGGUUGCUCAGAAUCGAUAAAAGACUUAGCCAAAGGGAAAGACAGUGGUUUCUCGAGUGUCGAUAUUCAAGAUCAGAGGAAACAGAAGUCGUUGAAAAGAUGGCAAGCUCUGCAGUUCUUGAAGUCCCAUAUUGUGACGCCUGAUGAGGGAUUGGCCCUGUGUACCGCAAAACAUCUGAUGGUCCUGGCCAUCCGAGGAAACAGUGACAUCAAGGAACAGUUGUUCUUCAGGAUAUACCAGCCAAUCCUGCACUGGCCUGUUGACAAGUUGGUGUCCUCUCUGUCCUCUUUAACCGACACAUCCUCAGAUGAUCAGGCUUUUAAAGUGUCCAUUUCGAGCAGUGUCCUCAUGUACUGUGUGUCUGCAUUGCCGUACGUUCUCCAAGUGGACAUUGUUAUGAAUGCCUUUCUGGAAAAGCAUGGACUUUCUCGGCUGGCCAAUCUCAUGGAAGACGAGCAUCUUCGAGCACCGGUAAUGGGCGUUUUCGAAGCCCUGAUCAUGAUCGACGAACAGAAGGUGCAGGAACAGAAGAGAAAACUGGAACCCAAUUUGUCGAAGUUUACAUCGGACUACAUCCGAGGAACAGUCAUGCAGAUGUUUACCGAGAGUCUGGCCAAGAAGACCUGUGCCAUAAUGGCCAAUUUUCAGCAGCUGAGCUCAUGUUCUCACAAAGCCGAAGAGAAAAUAACUCCAACAGAUGUAGUGGAUGACUCUCCGGUGAGCGGUCAGAGACCGAUUUGUGUUUUCCAGCACCACCACAGCAUAGUGAAGAAUCUUCCAGUGUUACUCGACAUGUGGGAGACGUCUGCCAAACUGUGCAUGAACAGCCUGACAUUUCGGUCGUAUUUCCGAAACUCACCCUGUCUGUACAUAGUUCAGGACACGUUACUGCUGGUGCUGGAGAUACUGUCUGGAAUGGGCAGUCUGACCACUGUUGGGUGCUGUGAGAUGAGCGAUGGUAGAGAGAAAAUAUCCUUUUCGUGCCAUUUUCGGCAGUUGGCCUUCAUUGAAGCUGUCAUGGUUGUGUGUUUCUCCUGCUCGACUAUUUCACCCAUACAGAAGAAGGGUAGCGAGGAACAACAUUGGUGUCAGCUGUUGGCCUCUCUGCAACGUUGCAUCAACCUGGAGCCGUGUAAACUGAAGGCCGUGUUUGAGAUGUUGCUCAGUGCUGCUCAGCCACAGCUGUCCUCCAUUCUCGAGUAUUCCUACAACCAGAUCAUCGCCAUGCUCAAUCUGCAAGAUAGCGAUGAUGAUGUUGAUGAGGAUGAUGUCCACUACAUGUGUGAUGUCAGCCCAAGUGACCGCGAUGAUGACACUGUGUACACAGAACACGGCUACGAGGCAGACACCGAGAUAUCACUACCAACUGAUUGGAAGAAAGAUGUACACCUCAAACAGAAAAAAAGGAAGCAGCUGAACACAAGAUGUUUUCCAGCCAUCUUCCGUCUGUUCGUGGAGCUGGCUGUCAGCAGUAAGAAGACUCAGUCUGGACAGACCAUCAUGAUACCUAUACUGCUUCGUUUUCUCCAACUCCUGCACAAUAGUCCCCUGGCAGUACAAGCUGUGUGUUCAGAGGGAGUCCUCCAAGUGAUGCUCGAGGGAUUCAGAGAAAAUCUAACUGAUGAUGCCCAGGAUUCACAUGAAGUGGCCGUCCAAGAGAUACUACUCUUAAUCUUUCAGCUGCUUUCCCAGAAAGAGUUGUCUGCCACAGAACUCGGGCUGUUCAUGAAAUUCUUCCUCUCCAAACACUCGCCAUGCACAAAGGGAUACCUACUUUCAAGUCUAAUGAAUGUUGUCGAGCAUAUCCAGGUGGAACCAGCCUACACACUGACCUUUCCUGUGCCAAAGAAACACCCACCCAAACCUAAGGACACUACAGGUACCGAGAAGAUGAGCCAGCUUUGCUGCUGUCCAAAACGAACCUGGGGUCAGUCUGCCAUUCACUGUUUCAUCAGCAGUGGGUUGCCAUGGCCACCGUUUCCGACUGGUUUCAGUGCUGUGUUCUGGAUGAACAUUGACGAGGUUUUCAAACAGAGUCAAGUACCGCCGUCCAAUUCAUCGCAGAGAUAUUCCUCCUCUCUAAUCUUCUCGUCACUAAAUACUGGUGUUGAUGUGAAAGUGACCGGUGCACAGAAGAAUGGCGGGACGUCCUCGGUCCCAAUCCUGUACCCUGUUGGAGAGUGUCUUCAUGUGAUGUCGUUAGGAAAAACUGAUAAGACGUUUGAAGUCUGGGUGGACGUGGCAAGGAAGAGAUUCAUAUUCAGGAUUACAAGCACGACGAAUGAGGACGAAAUCCUGAAAGAAGUCUGCUCCGACAGACUGCUGUUUCCCGGCAAGUGGCAACACGUGGUCUUCAGUUACGAGGAAUCGUUAAACGGCAGCACGCUAAUUGGCAAGUUAAAAAUCUUAAUUGAUAGUUGGGUAUCAAGGGAGAUAACCCUGGAUUACCCAGCCCAGUUCCACCGGAAGCUACUGGAGACACCUCCAACACUGUGUGUUGGUCAUGUUGAAGACUUGUACAUCAGUGACGCUGGACAGUAUCAUCUUGGCAAUGUAAUGCUUUUCAAAGGAGUAGAUUUCAGUCGAGAGUGGUGGUUCCAUCACUUCUGCCUCGGUCCCGACCUGAGCAGUGUCAGUAAGUGUGACUGUGCCGACCUGCGCACCGUCUACACUCCGCACCUGACUCGGGAAAUACUCUGUCAGUCAGGACUCACCACCGACGUGUUGGUCGGAGCAUUGCCAGUGGCCGAUGUGGAGAAGGCUAGGAUUUCUGCAGUCUUGUCCUACCAACCAAAAUUUGCUGAAUCAGCUCUACAUCUGAAUUACAACCACCAUGCAGAGAUGGUCUCUAGCCAGAACAUUGGCAGUGCCAUCAUGCCAUAUGCUCUGAUCUACCAGCUACCUGAGACUCUGACCCCAUUCGUCAGUGGACAGUUGAUGGCACAGAAGCACAGUACCAUGGAAAAGGCUGUGGAGCAGAUUGGGGGAGUUGGCACAUUUCUUUUCCUUGUAGCCAAGGUUUAUGAAGAGUGUAUUCACAUAUUGAACGUUGACCGGGCUACCGCUGAGAGUCUACAGAGUACGUCAGUACGGUUGUUGUUUGCCGCCGUGCACCACAUGCCACUGCUUGCUGCCGAGUUCAUAGACAUGUCGGGAUACGCCAUGCUCAGCAAGGUCAUGGUCAGAUCGAGAAGUGUCAUGGGAUUUGAGGUGCUCAAGGCAUUACUGAACAGCUGCACCUCGGAGUCUGUGUUCAGACCUGAUGCCUCGGCCACUAAACCUGUGUUACGACUGGGCACUGAGGCGGUGGUGCGCGACAUCUCGAUCGUGGAGCACCUGCUGUUGUCAUGGCGACUGUGGGACGAGGCUGAGGAAGAUGUGGUUGAGCUGCUGUUUCUGGUGCUGAAGGUCUUGGUGCGAGAAGAUCAUCCAUAUCGGAGCGUGAACGUCAAGCAGUACAAAGCUGGCAACAUCCUGAUGAAGAUAUUUUCAAUAUAUCUGGAGCGUAUCCAAGAGGCUUUGCCUUUGUUGUCUACCGAUGUGAGCCAAUCAGUGACCUCCAUUGUCGCAAGCUUACUGGGGUCGCCACCUGAUCUUCACCUUCUGGUGAAUGUCACAGACUUCCUCCUGCUUGUACAUCCAGCAGCUAGUGCUUACGUAAAUCACGCUGACUCAUAUCUGUUUUUCAAGCCCUGGUGGGCUUUUCCAUCCGCAACCUCUACACCAGUGAAAUUGCCAACAGCAUCUUCCAGUACAGAAGGCAUUCAAAGUAGUGCAAGGAAAGGUGAAUCCUCACCUGUACAAAGAGAACGUGUUAGAAAAUCAAUGUCUGAUGAAGAACGGUUGGUGGAAAUUCUUGAUAAAAAUCUCUCCGAUGAAACAUCACAUGAAUCAGAUGGAAAAUCCAGAUCCUCACAACUGGAAAAGACGGGUUCGUUAAAGUUGUCAACCAAGUCAAACACCGAUGAGAAACAGAGUCUUGGAAGUGACGCUAGCUCUGUCUGUGGUUCAGAAUUUCCUCCAUUACAGUACUCGACCUCUGAAUACACUUCAGCCCUCGUCCAGUCGGACAGUGAAUACAACUCGAGCUCCAAAAAGUCACCACAGACAAACAUUCCAUCGACUGAUAAUGAAAAUUCAACAGACUCGGGAAUGUUCACCCAGAAAAAGAAUGCGGCAACCGUCCACCAUUUUAAGAGCUCCAGCAAAGGGGAGAUAAGUGAUGAUGACGAAGACAUAAAAGUGGAACUAGCUGAGGAUAGUGAUGGCACUAAGACUUCGUCGUGUCGGUUACCUCUGGUGUUCACUGUUUCACAGGAUAUCAGCGAGGUUACCGUGGUGAACUUUGACUCUGUGGAGGACACAGGAAGUGAAAAAGACAUUGGGCUAGCCACUCUUUUAGCAGGACUACUGAACUACAUCCACUGGGUGAUACUUGACAUCCCUGAUCAUUCCCUCGAUGUGGCGUUUGGCUCCGUAUUGGAUCCUGGCUGUCUGAUUAUCCUAGCUCACAACAGUUCACCGCAGAUCAGGGCAACCAUUAUCAGGCUGAUUGGCGCCUAUGUGAGCCGAGCUCCACACUAUUACCUGGAGAUGUUUCUGAAAAUUGAAGGUUUCCAUCUGCUGUCCAAUCAGCUCCACCAGUACCCGGCAAGUGAGGAGCACUUGGAGGAUGCGGUGUCCAUCUUCCUGGGGCAGGACUUCUCCUUCAAUGACGGGUGCCAGCUGGAAUGUCUGACCGAACUUACAGCCAUCCAGCAGUCAUCACCGGUUCUGUUCCUGUCUCUCCUGGAGAAAACCGCUCAUGAUGUUGCACUGUGUCAUAACUCACUGGAAGGUUUAUGUCAGCUGAUGGAGAACUCCCCGAUUCUAACAACACUGUUCAUAGAGCAAGGCUUGCCCGAAGUAUUGUGCAACCUCAUAGCGACAGUUCAUAGAGACAGCAACAGACCAACGGACAUUUCGGGCCGUGAUGAAAGUCAGCUGAUUCUGCAGGAUAUCCAGAAAGUGUUGUGCAUUCUGGCAGAAAAUGAGUUCAGCUGGAGUGGAGUUGGUCACUAUCAGCAGCUGGAGGAUCUCAUCAACCUGAUGAAGGCGUUAGAGAACCACCAGUCUCUGUUUGAUUGUGGCCAAAAGCAUGCAGAGACUGUGAGAGCCCUGCAGUACACUGUCAUCAGUAAAGUGUUGGACUACGUCGAGACUCAGAGCAAAGAGCUGAGUCAGCAAACUCUGAGCUGGUUUACACUCUCUGACAAUAAUCCUACCACUGGAAGAUACAGUAACCAAAAAAGAAGUCCCAGCACUCCCCGAUUUUCCCAACACCACCACAAUCCGUCCCUGACUGAGACAUACCCUUCUUCCCUCCCCCACAAAAAAGCAGGCAUGUUUUUUCGAAGUGAUAAGUUUUCAGACAUUCCGUUUGAUGAGAAGAUGUUGUCAAGCGUCGAGAUGGACGGCUCAUCGGGAUCCUUCACACGGUGGUCACUGUCGCGGAGCUCGUCACAGCAAGGGCUGGUUGCAUCGCCUCCGUCAACCUCAAGACUCUCCUUCCUGUUUGGGAAGAACAAGAAAGUGAUGCACACACCCAUCAGCCAGUCGGAGUUGCUCGACAGAUUCAAGAAGUUUUUGGUGUUCGCGGUUGAUCUUGUUGUUUUUAAAGAACGGACGGAGGUCAUUAAACCAGUUAAAGGAAAAUCGCAGCUGUUUUUCAGCAAGACAUCCAACAAUGAUGACAACUUCCUCACAAAACUCUUCACGUUUACCUACAGGGCUCUGGAGUGCACCUUGGACAAAAGUGGCUAUAACCGAAAGACGGGAAAUGUGAUAAUGUGGGGAGCCAAGGAUCUUAUCAGACAACAGUUUGGCAGAUUACUGCUGUGCAUGUUGUCAACAAGAGUGGAUUUCAAUGUGCGACUGUUCGCACUGUCGUUCAUCAUGGGAGAAAUGCGAGGCCGAGAAAUCAUCAAGAUGUGUGCGUCAGUACAUCCCAUGGCUGUGGAGCUGGGUUACUACGUGUUUGACUUGUUGACGACCUGGCGAGACUGGCUGGUCGGACCUCAACGUGAACAGGGCUGUGGUCUGCUCAACAUCCUCAGGCAGCUCGGCCACACCAUAUUCAUGACGGAACAGAAACUGACUGCAGAGAAAAUAGCAGUUCUUACAGAGGACAAAAGAAAUAUUGACAGCAGGUUUAUGAAAGAAAAACAUCUGUGGCGUCAGAAAAAAGAAACGGUUACAUACAGGAUUCUUCAUCGAUUUGACAAACACGCUAAGUUGAUAGCUGAGCAGGCUAUGGCAGUGACGCGCAAUGUGACACGACUACAGAACGCCCAGCGCAAGAAGCUGAUAGAACACAUCAAGAAGAACAUGACAGAACAGAUCCAGCUAAAACAGUCGUGGCAGAGACUUGUACAGAACCUCACUCAUGAAAGAUCUGUGUGGUACCAUGAAGAAUCUUACCCUCGGUCAUGGCAGAUGGAUCCCACAGAGGGCCCCGGGAGAACCAGGAGACGGCUUCAGCGCAGUCAUCUCGAACUUGAUGCAAAGUACCUUACAGAUGAUUACAAGAAAAAUGUUGAUUCCCAGAGUGCUGACCCGCCUCUGAUCUUUCUGUUUCAAGACAAACAUCAAAUGUCGGAUGCAGCUGCUCUUAUCUACAGACUUCAGACAAAUGAGAAAAUACAGUACACCAGUCGAUGUACGGCUGUCUCUCCGUCCAGUGAGAGCAAAGGUGAACUCCUUGUUGGAGAAAUGUCCAUCUUCUUUGUGGCUGAUGAAGCAAUCACAGAUGCUAAUUACACGCAGGUGUUGCUAGGCAACAAAGAUCAGCUGUCGAUGAAGUGGCCGCAUGUUGACAUCCGAGAGAUUCACCAGCGCCGGUACCAGCUGCUUGAUGUGGGACUUGAGAUCUUUCUCACCAACGGCAAGACGUGCUUGUUAGCAUUUCCGUCAUCACACGAGCGUAAUGCAUUGCAGACAGUUCUGCUCAAGUCAUUAGAGUUACCUAACCUGAUAGCAAGCGGUGACCUUGCCGCCGUGCAGCGUCUGUGGCAGGAAGGAAAAAUCACGAACUAUGACUACCUCACCUACCUCAACAAGAUGGCUGGCCGGUCAUUCAAUGACCUCAUGCAGUAUCCAGUCUUUCCAUUCAUUCUGCGGGACUAUCUGAAUGUGGAGCUUAACCUGAACAAUCCAGCUGUGUACAGAGAUUUGUCCAAGCCGAUAGCCGUGCAGGAGAAAUUGAGAGAGCAGAAAUACAGAGAUAACUAUGAGUUUCUUCGACAAGAAUAUGAGAAACCACCUGACCUGGACAACAGUAUCCGCAUCAAGCCAUAUCACUAUGGGAGUCACUACUCCAACAGUGGUACAGUCCUUCACUACCUUGUGCGACUUCCGCCAUUCACCAAGAUGUUCCUGUCUUACCAAGACGCCAGUUUUGACAUUCCCGACCGAACAUUCCACAGCAUGGCUACAUCGUGGAGGCUGUCCAGCUUUGAGUCGGCUUCAGAUGUUAAAGAACUCAUUCCAGAAUUCUUCUUUCUGCCAGAAUUUUUUGUCAAUUCGGAAGGUUUUAAUUUCGGCAAGCGUCAGAAUGGUGAGGUUGUGUCUGAUGUGAUACUUCCACCAUGGAGCCUGAACGAUGCUCGUCUCUUCAUCCUAAUACACCGACAGGCGCUGGAAUCGGCAUAUGUCACCCAGAACAUUCACCACUGGAUCAAUCUCGUGUUCGGCUACAAACAGCAAGGCGAGGAGGCAUUCAAAGCCAUCAAUGUUUUCCAUCCAUCGACAUAUUUCGGGAUUGACGUUGAGCUGUACCAGGACCCGGUGAAGCGACAGGCCGUGCUGACAAUGAUCCGGACGUACGGACAGACGCCCAUACAGCUGUUCUACUCGCCUCACCCCCCUAGUCAAGCAGGACACAAGCUCAGCUCUGGUCUAUCCAGAACCCCUUUAGUCAGCGAGAAGAAAGUCUGUGUUCCUCGACUGAAGAAUAUCACUGGUUUGAAUUGGGGCAACUACAUGUGGAAUCCGGAGGGUGCCGCCCCAGAACCUGCCUGGCAGCAGAAGUAUUCUGUGGUCUUCAAAUCUCUGGUGCCCAUCCCAACAGGCUACAUGUUCGGACUGGAAGACAAUGCCUGCGUAUUGUUGUUACAUGGAAAAGAUAAAGCUGACGUGCAGGAGAAUGUGACGGACGUGAUGUGGGCCGGCAUUGUGAGCUGGGGUUAUCAGGACGGCAUUCUGCGGGUUCAGAAUAAGGUCGCUCAACCGCCAAUCAACUUUCUACGGGAGCCCAGCUGUGAUGAGAUAAUGUGCUGUGCAUCAGUGCCCGACUGUCGACUCUUCUUCACUGCCGGGACAGCUGGAGUCAUCAAUGUGUAUAACGUCGCACACAACAGUGCCAAGGCCAGUAACCUGCAAGUGUUUGGCAGUCUGACUGCGUUAAUUGGCCACACAGGUACAGUAAACGUGAUGGUGCUGUCUAAGCCAUUCAGUGUGAUUGUCACGGGAAGUGAAGAUGGGACCAUUAUUGUGUGGGAUCUCAACAGAUUGUCAUAUGUGCUCUCAAUAACCAGUCAUCCCAAGGCCGUGAAGACGCUGGCAGUUAGUGACACUUUGGGAGACCUUGUCAGUGUCAGUCCUAGAGGUAUUAAUGCUUUGGGAAGCUUCAUCCAGCUGCACACAAUAAAUGGGAAACACGUAGUUUCACGGAAGUGUGAUGAGUUUUCUAUAAACUGCCUGGCAUACUCCACAGCUCCCGAGGGAAGAUCUAUCAACGUGAUUGCAGGAGGCCUUAGUACAGGGGUUAUACGUUUAUGGAACAGCUGGGACCUAAGUUGUCUUCUAGAUCUCGAACACGAGUCCUCACUGGCUCGGCCUGUCGUCAGUGUGGCCUUCACUUACGACUGUCAGAGGCUGUUUGCAUCAGCUGAAGAUGGCACAGUGACCAUGUGGGAGAAGCCUUCAACACGGGGGAAGCCUCACAACUUUUCACCGUUCAUACAACCUAGGAGUUGAGAGGAACUG